UUUUUUUUUUUGGUUGGGUAAACGUUGUCUUCAUCUUCUUCGUCUCUCUCCCUUUUUUGCUUUACAUUUCAGAAGAUUAAGCAUUCUUCUUCUUCUUCUUCUUCUUCGAGAGAGAGAGAGAGAGGGACAGCUCCGAUAACUGCCACUGUAUCUCUCUAUCUCCUUCUUUAGAUAACAACGGUUUCUUUGCUUUUUUUUGUUUUUUUUUGGGGGGGGGGGGCUGGACCUAUUCUUCCAUUGGAUUUUGUGUAGAAGACUUUAAAGGCUGGGGGAAUCUUGCGAGCCGUUUAAAACAAGGAUAGCCAAAUUCUGGAAAAGUUUCUUCUUGUUUGAAUGGGCGAUAAAAGAGGCAGAGAAUUCGCCUCGAAUUAGGGUUGAUAGAGAGAUUGAUUGGAACAUACAUAUUAGUGAAAGAGCUCCAAUUAGGGUACUUUUGGAUGUAGUAGUGUUUGUUUCAACUGAAUCAUUAUGAGUUGCGGCGAUGAGACGCGCUCCAGUGGUAACGGAUCGGCGAUUGAUGAGAGUUUGCUUGUGGAUCCCAAAUUGUUGUUCAUCGGCUCCAAGAUUGGUGAAGGCGCUCACGGCAAAGUCUACCAAGGAAGAUGCCAGGUAUGGUAGCCAGAUUGUUGCAAUCAAAGUUCUCCACCGCGGCACCAAACCUGACGAGAAAUCUUCUCUCGAGAGCCGUUUCAUCCGCGAAGUCAAUAUGAUGUCCCGCGUUCAACAUGAUAACCUCGUCAAGUUUAUUGGCGCCUGCAAAGAUCCUUUAAUGGUUAUAGUAACUGAGCUUCUCCCUGGGAUGUCCCUCCGUAAAUAUCUUACCAGCAUCCGUCCCCACAUGCUCCAUCUCCGCAUUGCUCUCAGCUUUGCCCUUGACAUUGCCCGUGCCUUGGACUGCUUACACGCCAACGGAAUCAUACACAGAGACCUCAAACCUGACAACUUAUUACUGACCGAGAAUCACAAAUCCGUCAAGCUUGCUGAUUUUGGCCUUGCUAGGGAGGAAACCGUCACUGAGAUGAUGACUGCAGAGACUGGGACAUACCGUUGGAUGGCUCCUGAGCUCUACAGUACAGUCACGCUGCGUCAAGGAGAGAAGAAGCAUUACAACAACAAAGUUGAUGUCUACAGCUUUGGGAUCGUGCUAUGGGAGCUUCUCACUAAUCGUAUGCCAUUUGAGGGCAUGUCCAACCUGCAAGCCGCCUACGCAGCAGCGUUCAAGCAGCAGAGGCCGGGAAUGCCAGAGGGGAUAUCUCCGAGUCUGGCGUUCAUAGUGCAGUCUUGUUGGGUGGAGGACCCAAACAUGAGGCCAAGCUUCAGCCAAAUUAUCAGACUGCUCAAUGAGUUCCUCCUUACCCUCACUCCUCCGCCUGAGACUGACACCAACAGGACCAACGGCAGAGCCAUCACUGAGUUCUCCAGCCGCGCAAAAGGCAAAUUUGCCUUCAUUCGCCAGCUUUUCGCUGCUAAGAGGAACAUAAACUCUUAGGUACAAGAAAGGGGCCACUGCCACUGCUUUGGUGAAUAAAUGACAUUAGCAGAGAGAGAGAAGUAGAAAGUUAGACUUAUAGGUAAAGUCUAUAGCGUUAGUACUCAGUUCUGCUUCUUGGCUAGUGAUUAACAACUGGUAGCAUCACACGUCAUACCAAUUGGUCAAAUGUUAAAAUUUACAAACCUGUGUUUAUUUAUCCUCUAUCUAUACUUUAAACAAAAGUGAGGAGAUCAACUAACAGAUGUAUAUAGUUUUAUGUUUUUUGGAAAUUUUCUACAAAUCAUGCAGCCGCUA